AUGUCGAUUCCGAGUAGCAGCGGGAGCGGGGGAGGGAUACCGAAGGGUAUAAGCUUAACUAAUACAGUCCACUGCGAACUGGCUACGUGCUUGCCUCUACCGUGUCUCCCGGUGUUCUGUGGUGCGCUUGAUGAGGACCUCCGGUUGUUCGAGCAGCAGAGCGGUUCGAGAAUGUUUGCUAAUUACAGUGAUGUUGCUGGAAAGAUUACUGAUCUGCUCCGCAACACUGACGUGUCUUAUUUGAAUCUCAAAAACGAAGCCAGUGCUCAACCAUGUGGUUCUGUGGGGAAUUUUAACCUUUAUGAUGAAGUUUUGAGAUGUGAUCCUGUAGCAUUUGAGCAUAUCGCACCAGGUCCCGCUAAGGAGCCGAUACCGAGUGGUAAUUUGGCUGAACCAAAGCCUCUUGAGCAAAGCAUGGCUACGCCUAAUCAAGUGCGGAGAGACUCUGUAGCAACCCAAAAUUAUCAACAUGAACAUUAUGCUUAUAAUGAUGCUACCAAUCCUUCUCGAAAACCAAAAAUUAAAAAGAAAGGGAAAGAUGAUGUCCAGAUCACAACUUGUCCAGAUGCCCAUGAGCUUCAAGAUGCAGCUAUUAAAGGCUUUUGUGAAAUGUUGGAGGACUUAUGUGGCAAAGCAGAAGUUUUUAGAGAGGAACGAGAUGAAGCUGAAUGGAUACCGUUGACUGUUUCUGACCUUAAAGCAAUUGUUAAUGAAAUUAUGUUAAUACGGGCAAAAGAAGUACUACAUAUGGUUCCAGAACCUAUUCUAUUGAGGACGUUAAAGGUUUUAGAUCAUCAAAUUCAUCGAGCGGAAGGUCUGUCAUUUGAUGAGUGUGAACAUCCAGAUGCAGAUGUGAUGUCAUGCAUUUAUUGCGCUCUGGAAGCAAUUCAUGCAGCUUUGGCUAUCAUGGCUCAUGAUGGCAUGCCUAAGAUGCUUUAUAAAGAAGAGAUUAUUGAAAGAAUUCUGGAGUUCUCAAGGCAUCAAAUCGUGGAUGUUAUGUUCACAUGUGAUCCAAUAUAUCGUGCUUUGCAUAAACCAAACAAUAAUGAGGCUGCUGAAGAUGGGGAAGAUGAAGAACUUGGUGAUCUUGGUUCAGCAAGCAAGAAAAGACGCACUUCAAGUGGUGCAAAAGUCAGAAAAUCAAGAACGAACAGGAUGUCUUCUGUUGCGAAUGUCGUACUUCAGAAGCUGUGCACAAUUCUCAGUUUUCUCAAGGACUUGAUAUCGAUAGAGCGCUUAUCAGAUAGUUGCAUUCUUCAGCUAGUGAGAGUUAGUUUACAGACAUUACUGGUAGACAAUAUCCAGGUUUUACAGCUGAAAGCAAUCAGUUUAGUUGGUGGGAUAUAUCACACUUACACUCAACAUCGAGCUUAUGUGAUGGAUGAAACUCUUCAAGUCCUUUUGAAGUUACCAUUCUCAAAGCGUGUACCGAGGGCUUAUCAUCUUCCCGAUGAAGAACAGAGGCAGAUUCAGUUAAUCACUGCUCUAUUGAUUCAAGUGGUCCACUACAGUGCAAAUCUUCCAGAAGUUCUUAGGGGAACAUUGAGAAAUCCUUCACUAGAAAUCUCAAUUGAUGCUGGAUUCCCUACAAAAUGCCAUGAAGCAGUCACGGAGUCUUGCUGUCUCUUCUGGAGUCGAGUUCUUCAGCGAUAUACUGGCACAAAAAAUCAGGAUGCAUCUGAGCUGAAGAUAAUGAUGGAGAAUAUUGUAAUGGACUUGCUCACAACCUUGAACUUACCUGAGUAUCCUGCUUCGGGUCCUAUUUUAGAGGUUCUUUGUGUCUUGCUCCUGCAGAAUGCUGGGCCCAAAUCAAAGGACACUGCUGCUCGUACAAUGGCCAUUGACCUUCUUGGUACAAUUGCUGCAAGGUUGAAACAUGAUGCCGUCCUUUACAGGAAGGAAAAAUUUUGGAUUGUGCCGGAGUUUAUGAGUGGUGACAGUGUCGAUCCCGACCAUCCAGGCGAUGCUUGUUCUGUUUGUAUGGACACAAGGAUUGAAAAAUCAUUGUUUGUAUGUGAAGGUUGUGAAAAACCUUUUCAUGUUGAUUGUAUAGGAGGAAGAGAGCAUGAAGUUCAUUCUCGCAACUCCUAUUGUCAGAUCUGUCUAUGUGAGAAGCAACUUCUCGUCUUAAAAACGUACAGUGAGACUCAAGGCCAGGAUGGCCAGAAAAGCAAUCAAAAUCAUUCAGGAAAGUCUUCUCAUGCAGCUGAUACAAUUACGAAACAGGAGAUUAUGCAACAGAUGCUUCUGAAUUAUUUGCAGGAUGCAGGGUCCACCGGUGAUCUGCACCUCUUUAUCCGAUGGUUUUAUCUUUGUCUAUGGUACAAAGAUGACCCAGGUUCUCAACAGAAGUUCUACUACUACCUCUCAAGGUUGAAGUCUAAAGAAAUUGUACGCGACUCUUGUUCACGUUCCUCCUCUCUGACAAGGGAUUCAGUGAAAAAAAUAACUUUGGCAUUGGGACAAAAUAGUUCUUUCGCUCGAGGAUUUGACAAGAUUCUUCAAAUGCUCCUGGCAAGUCUGAGGGAGAACUCACCAGUGAUUCGUGCCAAGGCAUUGCGUGCGGUUAGUAUCAUUGUAGAAGCAGAUCCUGAGGUUUUAUGCGACAAGAUUGUACAAACAGCUGUUGAAGGGAGAUUUUGUGACUCUGCUAUAUCCGUUAGAGAAGCCGCACUUGAACUUGUUGGUCGUCAUAUUGCUUCACAUCCUGAUGUUGGUCUAAAGUAUUUUGAGAAGGUGGCAGAAAGAAUAAAGGAUACUGGAAUAAGCGUUCGGAAACGAGCUAUCAAAAUUAUUAGGGACAUGUGUACCUCAAGUUCUGAUUUUUCAGAAUUUACCACUGCUUGUGUCGAGAUAAUUUCCCGCAUCAAUGAUGAAGAAUCCAGCAUACAGGACCUCGUUUGCAAGACAUUUUAUGAGUUUUGGUUUGAGGAGCAUUCUAGCUCGCAGAGCCAUCUUUAUAAAGAUGGUAGUUGUGUCCCAUUGGAAGUUACUAAAAAGACAGAGCAGGUUGUUGAGAUGUUGAGAAGGAUGUCCAGUCACCAACCCCUUGUGACUGUCAUUAAACGCAUCUUAGCCCUUGAUUUCUUCCCGCAAUCUGCUAAAGCUGUCGGGGUCAAUCCUGUAUUGCUUGCUUCAGUACGCCAUCGCUGCGAGUUAAUGUGCAAGUGCUUGUUGGAAAAAAUAUUGCAGGUUUCCGAAACGAGCAGCGAGGAAGGAGAAGGGCACAUGCUUCCCUAUGUUCUGCUCUUGCAUGCCUUCUGUCUUGUGGAUCCUACACUAUGUACACCAGCUUCCGAUCCUUCUCAGUUUGUGGUCACUCUACAACCAUAUCUGAAGAGUCAGUCGGACAAUCAAGUAUCUGCACGCCUGCUCGAGAGUAUUAUAUUCAUAAUUGAUUCUGUCUUGCCCUUGAUGCGGAAAUUUCCCCAAAGUGUUGCUGUAGAGCUUGAACAAGAUUUAAAGCAAAUGAUUGUCCGGCAUUCUUUUUUGACAAUUGUUCAUGCUUGCAUUAAGUGCUUGUGCUCAGUGAGUAAAGUAGCAGGAAAAGGCGCGAGUAUUGUUGAAUAUCUUAUUCAGUUAUUCUACAAACGUCUAGAUGCUCUUGGUUUCGAUAACAAGCAGCAAGUAGGUCGGUCUCUUUUUUGUUUGGGAUUGUUGAUUCGCUACGGUAGCUCUUUGGUGGCUGCAUCUUCUUCCAACAAGAGGAAUAUGGAUGUUGCAAGCAGUCUCAGCUUGUUUAAAAAGUAUCUCCAGGCUGAAGACUUCGUCAUUAAGGUCCGAUCGUUGCAGGCAUUGGGCUAUGUUUUAAUUGCUCGACCUGAAUUUAUGUUGCAAACUGAUAUUGGGAAAAUUUUGGAGACUACAUUUUCCUCCAAUACUGAUGCUCGUCUAAAGAUGCAAUCGUUGCAGAACAUGUACGAAUAUCUUCUGGAUGCAGAAAGUCAAAUGGAAACUGACAAAGCUCGUGCUAAUGAAGUUACUCAUCCUAUCGAGGGUAGUCACAGUGUGCCUGUUGCUGCAGGUGCUGGCGAUACUAACAUAUGUGGCUGUAUAGUUCAGCUUUAUUGGGAUAAAAUGUUGACGAGAAGUUUGGAUGCGAAUGUUCAAAUUCGCCAAGCUGCCUUGAAGAUUGUGGAAAUUGUGUUGCGCCAAGGUCUUGUACAUCCUAUUACUUGCGUUCCCUACCUUAUUGCACUUGAAACAGAUCCUCUGGAGGUGAACUCGAAGCUGGCUCAUCAUUUGCUGAUGAAUAUGAAUGAAAAGUAUCCGUCUUUCUUUGAAAGCCGUCUGGGAGAUGGCCUUCAGUUGUCUUUCAUAUUCAUUCAGACCAUGAAUCAAGGGUCUCUUGAAAAUUUUAACUUAAAAGCCCAAUCCAGAGUAUCUAACAUGAAGGGAAAGUCAGAUACUGCUUAUGCAAGACUUGGGGUUUCUCGAAUUUACAAACUCAUCCGUGGGAAUCGUAUUUCGAGGAACAAGUUUAUGUCCUCUGUUCUUCGCAAGUUUGAAACACCAAGCUGGAAUGAUUCAGUCAUACCUUUCCUGAUAUAUUGCACAGAGAUUCUUUCUUUGCUUCCCUUCGCUUUGCCUGAUGAGCCUCUUUAUUUGAUCUAUUCUAUAAAUCGAAUUAUACAAGUCAGAGCAGGAACAUUAGAGUCAGAUAUGAAGGACCUAAUGCAAUCAUUACAAGGAAAUACUCAGAAUAUCAGUGUAAAUGGGGCGAUUCAAUCAGACCCUUCUGCUCACCCUGUUAGCUAUAGAACCUUGACAAUUGAUAGCAAUCAGAGAGUAUCUGAGGAGUUAGAAGGUCAUCAUUUACCGGGACAUGCUGCAUCAAUGGAUUUAAAUAUUCAUCCUUCAACUUCAGGAAAUCCUUGUACUGUUUCUAGUGAUGCAUUGCUGAAAAUCCAGGCUUGCUGUCUGGCUGCUGGUGCACUACAACUGCUUUUGAAGUUGAAGAGGCACCUCAAAAUUGUUUAUGGCCUAGAUGAUGCGCGCUGCCAGGCGUUUUCUCCAAAUGACCCAAUUAAACCGGGUGAGGGUCUGUCAAGGCAGAACGUACCCUUCAAUAUCAGUGAUAUUAACAUUAACCCACCUAACAAUUACGAAGACUUUCUCAAGAGAUAUCAGGAGUUGAAGAAUUCGUUGAGGGAAGACACAGUUGACUAUUCGACCUACACAGCAAACAUCAAACGGAAACGACCGACUCCAAGAAAAGUCGGGAAGUCUAGCCGAAUGGUGGGUAUCAAUGAUGAUGCUGAUGAAGAUGAUGAAGAGUGGGGAGGUGGAGCUAGGAGUAUAUAUAAAGGUGGCAGAAAAGGCAGUAGCAGCACAAGUAGGCAGCGAUUCUAG